GUAUUACGGCUGCAUGGGCUGGACCGAGGAGUCAAUGGGAACGGGCUAACUUAAUGCUGGCUAGCAUUUCAAGAAGAAACCUAGCCGCACUGGCUUGUCCUAAUUUUCUAUGUACGGACGUAAAGCGUUUCCGAGCGGAACUUUUUCUCUGACUAGUGGAGCUUUAUCUUCGUGCAUGGGAAACAGGAGACAUUUACUGCUGCUGGCUGAAAACGCUUCAAGGUGGCGACAGACAAGGUUGCUGGAAAGCUGAGUUCUACUCUCUCAUGGGUGAAGAACUCGGUCUCCCACACUGUCAGUCAGAUGGCUAGCCAGGUGGCCACGCCCACAUCUCUACAGACCCCCGCCACUUCCUCCUCCACAUCGCUGUCCUCACCAGCCCUCUCGCCGUCCUCCCCAGCGCAGCUCAGCCCCGACGAUGUGGAGCUACUGGCCAAGCUGGAGGAGCAGAACAGACUUCUGGAGACGGACAGCAAGUCUCUGCGCUCCAUGAACGGCUCCCGGAGAAACAGCGGCUCCUCCCUGGUGUCCAGCUCCUCGGCCUCCUCCAACCUGUCCCACCUGGAGGAGGACACCUGGAUCCUGUGGGGACGGAUUGUCAACGAGUGGGAGGAGGUGCGCAAGAAGAAGGAGAAGCAGCUGAAGGAUCUCGUAAGAAAAGGCAUUCCCCACCACUUCCGGGCAAUAGUGUGGCAGCUGUUGUGUAACGCCCAGAACAUGCCCAUCAAAGAUCAGUACUCAGAACUUCUAAAGAUGACAUCGCCGUGCGAGAAGCUCAUACGCAGAGACAUCGCUCGCACCUAUCCUGAACACGAGUUCUUCAAAGAGAAAGACAGCCUGGGCCAGGAAGUGCUCUUCAAUGUCAUGAAGGCCUAUUCUCUGGUGGAUCGCGAGGUUGGCUACUGUCAAGGAAGUGCGUUCAUUGUGGGUUUGCUGCUCAUGCAGAUGCCAGAGGAGGAGGCCUUCUGUGUGUUUGUGAAGCUCAUGCAGGACUACAGGCUGCGCGAGCUCUUCAAGCCCAGCAUGGCCGAGCUGGGACUGUGCAUGUAUCAGUUUGAGAGCAUGAUCCAGGAGCAGCUCCCGGAGCUGCACAUGCAUUUCCAGGCUCAGAGCUUCCACACCUCCAUGUACGCCUCCUCCUGGUUCCUCACCAUCUUCCUCACCUCCUACCCCUUACCUGUAGCCACCAGGAUUUUCGAUAUCUUCAUGUGUGAGGGUUUGGAGAUCGUUUUCCGUGUGGGGCUGGCCAUCCUGCAGAUGAACCAGGCUGAGCUGAUCCAGCUCGACAUGGAGGGAAUGUUACAGCACUUCCAAAAGGUCAUCCCACAUCAGUUUGACAGCGGACCAGAUAAGGUCAUCCAGGCUGCCUAUCAAGUUAAAUACAACGCCAAGAAAAUGAAGAAGUUAGAGAAGGAGUACACUACAAUCAAAACAAAAGAGAUGGAAGAACAGGUGGAGAUAAAGAGAUUACGGACAGAGAAUAGGCUCCUGAAACAGAGGAUAGACACACUAGAAAAAGAAAGUGCUUCCUUGGCAGAUAGAUUGAUUCAGGGACAAGUGACUCGAGCCCAAGAGGCAGAGGAGAACUACCUGGUCAAGCGGGAGCUGACCACGGUCAAACAGCAGAGCGAGGAGGCCACUGCUCAGCUGGAGCAGGCCAGGAAAACCAUCAGGCAGCUUCAGCAGCAGCCACAAGCGAAGGGACCGCCUCGGUUUUCAGAGGAGUCCGUCCUGCAGCUGGAGAAGGAGCUGGUCCAGGCCCGGCUGAAGGAGGCCGAGUCCCAGUGUGCGCUCAAAGAAAUGCAAGACAAGAUCCUCGAUAUGGAGAAGAGGAACUCGUCACUACCAGAUGACACUAACGUGGCGCGACUCCAAGAGGAGCUGAUCGGGGUGAAGCUGAGGGAAGCAGAGGCUCUGACUGGACUGAAGGAGCUGAGACAGCAAGUCAGAGACCUGGAAGAACACUGGCAGCGCCACCUGGCACGCACCGCGAGUCGCUGGAAGGACAGCCCCAAGAAGAACACGCUGAGUGAGCUGCAGGACGAGCUGAUGAGCGUGAGGCUGAGAGAAGCCGAGGUCCAGGCAGAGCUGAGAGAAACUCGACAGAGGCUGCUGGAGAUGGAGACUCAGAAUCAGAUUCACAGCAAUCAGCUGCGACGGGCCGAACAGGAGAGCCGCUGUUUGCAGGAGCGCGUGCAGACGCUGACCACCCAGAACAAGGAUCUGCAUGUGCAGCUACAAGAGAUCAAGCGGAGGCAAGCUGAGAUUGAAUGCAAGAGUAAGGAAGAAGUAAUGGCUGUGAGGUUGAGGGAAGCUGACAACAUUGCUGCCAUGGCAGAGCUCCAGCAACAGAUCUCUGAGCUGGAGAUUCAGAAAGAAGAAGGGAAGGUCCAAGGGCAGCUGAACCACACAGACUCCAGCCAGUACAUCAGAGACCUCAAAGACCAGAUAUCUGAGCUGAAACAAGAGAUUUGCUGCUUGAAAGGACAGAAGGGCUUGGUCAGCCAGCCCAGCUUUGAUGGCAUCCACAUCGUCAAUCACUACAUGGGAGUCGGGGAGUCCUACCAGUCCUCCGACGACGACGGAGCCAAGGACCCCGACCUGCAGAGCCUCCAGCCGAGGGGCGGCGGGCGCAUCAGGCUGCGGGCCAAGCUGGAGGACACAGACAGCGACGAGGAGGACGGCGAAGACGGCGACGCCCUGCGGCUCUCCGUGCCUCAGAUCAAGUCCACCACGGUGUGAGCGCAGGGCCCGGAUCCAGAGUUCUGAAUUUCAAAAAGCAAAUCUGUCAUUUCAUAUCUUAUGAAUCAUGCCACUGUUUUUUGUUUAUUAUUAUUUUUGUUUGUUUGUUCCUGGACACCACUGACAAAGCCGGGGUCAAUCUGAACCUCAGCAGAGAAUCAAACAGAAUCAAACUCUACAAGGUGGAGGGUUGGGGGGCCUGGGGCCUGGGGGCCUGGGGCCUGGGGGCCUGGGGGUCGCCCUCCUGUAGGUACAACACAGAAAGACAGACUGUGCAAUAGAACAUUUAUCCCAAACUCCACACUUCAUCCAGCAUGUUUUAUAUUUUUAAAGGAUUUUAUAAACGACUUCCGUUGAAGCCGUCAAUACCGUUAUUUCCAUCAUGCAGGGGCGGAACUCUACUUGUGUGUGGGCGUGUGCGUGUGUGUAUAGCUUGGAUGGUGUUGGUCAGAGCCUGGUAUCAAAGCUGCUUCUAUCAACCAGCACUGACCCAUUCAAGGCCUUUAGCUUACAUCCUGCACCAGGCGCUCAGCAAACCAUAUGUACAUAUGUAAAUGUUUUUUUGUUUUUUUUUCCUUAUUCGUUUUGAACUUGAAAACCAUGUAUUAAUAUUGCAUAUCUGAUGUUUAGAUAUGUUGUACAAAUAAUAAAGAAGGGACUAUAUAUAUA